CUUUAAAGGUUUCUUCAAAUGCUAUGUUUAAAUUUGCUUCAGUAUUAAAAACACUACUCUGAAGUGCAUUUGUGUUUUUUAUCGCAAGUUGUUUAACAAUGAUGCAUACGAGUUUAACAUAUUUUUUUACGGUGACGUGCAUUACUUUCGUUUUCACAGUAGAAUGUCUCCCGGAAUAUUCUCAAGAUACAUAUUUAAAUGCCCUACAGAGCUCUCAUAAGCCUAGUUAUGAUGAUAGUCUUGGAUAUAAUUAUAUACCACCUUCAAGUAAUAAUCUGCAACCACAAAAUUCUUUAUAUGGGCCUCCAAAUCAGGCGUAUGGACCACCGACGUUACACAUACCCUUGCCUACAUAUCACCCCAGAUACCAUUGGUUUCUAGAGAAACUAAAGAAGAAAAUAAAUCUCUUUACAAUUGGAAAGAUUAUACUAAAAUUAUUGAUAUUCAAAAAAAUUAUAAAAUUUAUUGGUGUUAUAUGUUUACUUCUAUUUCUUCCAAAAUUAAAAGAUCUUCUAAAGGAAGAUAUGUCAAUGGAAGAAAGCAGUGCGGAAAGUAAAACCACCUGGUCAGAAAAGGAGGCGUUGAAAAAGCAUAUCGAGGAGUUGCUACAUAUUAUCCCAAGCUCAAUAGCAUCUUUAAAAUAGAUAAAUAAAAUAGUAUUAUUAUGUUAUUUAUUUUAUAUUAUAUUACUAUUUAUUUCAUAUCUUUUUGCACUAAAACAUGUAAAAGACUUUAUAUCAUGAUUUAAAUAAUUAAACAACUAUGUUGCGUUUAUAAAUGUAAAAUUAA